AUGGAACACAUGAAAGAUGGCAAUACGGCAACAUCAAUUACCACAUCUUUGAAUCUUAGAAGUUUACAUCAAGAUAGUGAUGAAUCAGAUAGCUUGCAUGCAUCUAGUUCUAGUGAGAUGAUUUCAUCAUCUAUGGAAGAAACAAAAAGUCAUAAAAGUGUCGCUAGUAAUGACUCUAACAAUUUGAUCAACAGAAAUACACGUCUGGAUGGGGAUCAUUCAUUUAUGGAAGAACAGUCAGAGGAUGAAAAAUCUCUCACUUUUGAUGAGGAAGAUUUCCCAGAAGGUGGAUUGAGGGCUUGGCUUGUCACUUUUGGUUGCUUCUGCGGUUUGAUUCCAAUCUUCGGAAUCGUCAAUAUCACUAGUGUCAUUGAAGAAUCCAUCCAGGAAAAUCAGCUGUCUUCCUAUAGUUCGUCGUCUAUAGGUUGGAUCUUCUCUCUUUUCAUAUUCAUUUGUUUCAGUUUUGGUAUUUUUAGUGGAACCUACUUUGAUAGAAACGGUUUUAAGAAAGUUGUCGCUGUUGGCACAGUAAUUCACGUAGGUGGUAUAUUUGCCAUGGCUAACUGUACUCAGUUUUGGCAUUUCAUUCUAUCGUAUUCAAUUGCAUGUGGGAUCGGGAGCGGAAUUGCCUUAAGUCCCCUUAUCAGUUGUCCUGCCCAUUAUUUCAAAAGAAGACGUGGUACCGCUACAGCUUGUUCAACUCUUGGAGGAAGUAUUGGUGGUGCUAUUUUACCAAUUAUCUUGCGUAAAAUGUUCGCUCUGAAAUCAGACACGAACAAAUUAUACGGUUUCAUAUGGGGUAUCAGAGUAUUGGGUUUUAUUCAUCUAUUUCUUUUAACUCUCGCUGUCAUCUUUGGUAAAGAAAGAUUACCAAAUGUCAUAGAUCCACCAAAGGAUAAUUCAAUUAAAGCAAAAUUAGAGCAUGUCUAUAAAGUUUACCUUCUCAACAGUUUUGAUGCAAAAGGUUUCACUGAUAUGAAAUAUUUAUUUUGUGUUUUGGGAACAGCUCUCGGUGAAUUAUCACUCACUUCCGUAACAACGUACUUCAGUUCAUAUGCUCUAACGCGUGGAGUUACUCAAGCUGAUUCAUACAAUUUAAUCAUGGUUAUGAAUUUAUGUGGUAUCCCAGGUAGGUGGCUUCCAGGUAGAUUGAGUGAUUCCUUUGGUAGAUUCAACGUUGCUAUAGCCACUUUAGUGGCAUUAUCCAUUGUAAUGCUUGUAGGAUGGUUGCCAUUUGGUAGAGAUUUGAAGAGCUUAUAUGUGAUCGCUGCCUUCUAUGGAUUCUGUUCCGGUAGCAUCUUCUCAUUACUACCUGUCUGUUGUGGUCAAAUUUCAAAAACUGAAGAGUUUGGUAAACGUUACUCCACCAUGUACUUCAUCGUCUCAUUUACUGCUUUAUUCGGUAUUCCAGUUGCAGGUGCCAUAAUCCACAAUGCUACACAUGCUGACUAUGAACAUUAUAUCAUUUACUGUAGUAUUGGUACUCUAGCCGCUGCAAUGUCAUUUUUUGCAUCAAGAAGUUUUGCAGUCGGAUUCAAAUGGAAGAAAUUUUAG